CGAGCGGGGCCGAACCGAGCCGAGCGGGACCGAACCGUGCCGGCCGGGCCGGUGCUGCAGGCUCUGCAUCCCCGCGGAUGCAUAACCCCGUUUUCCACGGUAUGUCAGUGUCUCUUAAGCAGCCAAGACUCCUCAGCUCCGUGGGAUGAGGUUUGUAAAAAGGAUCCUGGUUGAUGGCCUCGAUCUGCAGCUCCGUGAGGUGAUUUCCACUAACCUUGGCACCAGAGGGGAAAGCUCGGGGAAGCAGCCUGUCCUUCUGGCCAAGCUACCCAGGCCCUCAUCACUUCUCUAGCAUCAGCAAAGGCACUGGAUUUGCCAAGCCUCAACUUGUCAUUGCCACCUGAGCCCUGGAAGAGCUUAGAGGAGAUCCUCAGGGUCCCUGGUUCUGCCUGGAUCGGUGGUGGUGGGUGAAAGGUGGAGCAGCAGCACGGAGGAGGAGGUGAGCCUGGCAGGGCUGCCUGCAGCUUUGGACAGCACACUCAUGGUCCCCAGGAGUGGCCUCCAGCAUGCAGCUGGCACCUCCUACAGAUACAAACUGCAGUGCCUCUGGACCCAGGUGAGGCAGAUCGCCAGGGAGAGGGACAAGGCGAGGCUCAGUUUGGAGAAGGCAGAGAGACAGUGCCUGCAGCUGGGCAGGGAGCUGGAUGAGCAGUACAUCACCCUUGAGCACACCCAGAGCAAGCUCAGGAAUUUUCAGGCAGAAAUAGAGGCAAAAGAGCUGCUUUUGCAGCAAGCAGUGAGUCACCAGGCGAAGCUGGAGGCUGAUACACGGCUCCUCCAGGGCAAAGAGGCCAACCUGCAAGGGAGAUUGAACCAUGUGAUGAACGAGAACACACAGCUACAAAACAAGGUCACAGAGAUGGCUGAGAAACUGGCAGCCUCUGAAGAACUGGUGUUGGAGCUGCAAAAAGAACUCAACCACAUUGUGAAGGAUAAGCUGGAGCAGGGGGAGCCUCACAGCCCAGAGUUCCUGAAGCAGAGCGAGCGUUUUGCGGAGAUUGUGCUGGAGUACGAGCGGCAGUGCCAGGUGCUGUAUGACCAGAAUGGAGUGCUGAGAAGGGAGCUGCAAAGGCUGCGCCUCCAGCUGCAGGAGAGCAGGGCUGAGGGAGGGCUGCCAGCAGCAGAAAUGUCACUCCCAGUGGAGCAGCUCCAAGAACAGCUGCAGGACCUGAAGGUGCAGCUGGAAGCCGAGAGUGAGAAAGGCAAGGAGGAGCUCUCUCACCCCAAUGUCAAGAGGCAUCAGCUGGGCUGUGACCCCCCUGAGCACAAGGCUGGUCACAGUGAUGGCCCUGGCACUGCCCAACUGCAGAGCCAGAGGCUUCUGGAGGCUGAGUGGCUUCGAGGAGCAGAGAUUGCUGCAAGGCUGGAGCACCACCAGAGGCAUGCAGCAUGUUGGAUGGAGAUGGAGCUGCUCCAACAGCAGCUCCAGGCCUCACAGGAAAAGCUUUUGGAAGCCAAAGCAAGCCUGAGCCUGGCCCAGGCCCAGCACGCUCUGCAGUUGCAGCAGGCCAAGGCCCAGAUAAACAACAUGGUGCCGAAGAAGCAGUUUGAGCAGCUGCAAAACACCUUGAGAGAGGAACAGUGCAAGACUCAGCAGCUCCAGGAAAGCCUCCAGCAGCAGGCUGAGCAAACAUGCAGGCAGCUGGUCAGGACCCAGGAGGAACACGAGCAGCUGCUGCAGGCAGCUGUGGAGCAGGCAGAGGGGCUGGAACAGAGUCUGAGGAAUGCUGAAGCUGUGCUGGCAGAGAGGGCAGCUCAGCUCAGAGAUGCCCAGGCCCAAAUCUCCAGGAACAAACUAUUGAUUGAAGAGCUCCGUGGAGAGAACAGGAGGUUUGCAAUGGCCCUGCAGGCUGCUGAGCUGAAGCAGAAGAGCAUGGAGGAGAAGAACCAGCUGUUGGAGGAACAAGCCUCAGCACUGAAGCAGCUUAUUGGAAAAAUCACACCAGCAUCUCUGACCCAUAGGCCCUGCCAGACCAGUGCUCUGGGAUAAAAGAUUCUUCAGAGGAACAGAGGCACAGACCAAGCACACUGGGAAAAACCCAGGCCCAUGACCCAGACUCCAAUGAUCAU